CCACGCGCCGCCGGCCCCACCGCUCCUGGGCGCGGGCACCGCCGGGAAACGUAGUCCGGGCUCGGCGACUACAGCUCCCGGCGCGCCCUGGGCGCGCGGCUGCCCGCGGGCCCGGACUACGGCUCCCAGCAUGCGCUUCGGCGGCCGGGCGCCCGCGCACCCUCUUCCCGUGGUGCUCCGCGGCCGCUGCCGCGCGUUCCCCGAGGGCCCGCGGAGUUGCCGGCGCUUCCCGAAGUUUUCCCGGAGCUGCGGCAUGGCGGGCGCUGCCCACUGCUCCCUGCAGGCCAAGCGCCUGCUGCUGGACCCCAAGUUCGAGGGAUACAAGCUGUCGCUGGAGCCGCUGGCCUGCUACCAGCUGGGGCUGGACGCGGCUGUAGCAGAAGUGCAGCUUCGUGAUGAUCAAUAUACCCUUGACCACAUGCGUGCUUUUGGCAUGUAUAAUUAUCUUCACCUUGAUUCCUGGUACCAGGAUAACGUCUACUAUGUUGAUCAGUUUGGAAGGGUUAUGAAUCUCUCAGUGACUCUGGACACUGCUCUACAGAAACCAAGAGAAGUUUUCAGGCUACCUGCAGACUUGACUGCGUGUGAUAAUCGCCUUUGUGCCUCACUGCAUUUCUCAUCCUCCACAUGGGUUACCCUUUCUGAUGGUACAGGAAGACUGUAUUUAAUUAAAUCAGGCAAGCGUGGAAGCAGUGCAUCUGAAAAGUGGGAGAUUGUGUUUAAUGAAGAACUAGGAAGUCCAUUUAUUGUAGCACACAGUGUUUCCUUUGUAAAAUCUGAUGCACAUUCACUAGCCGUGCUGCUGCUUAGGGUAGAAAAAGAUGAGCUGGACACAAAAGGAAGUGGAUUUCAUGUUACCUUGGAAUGGGUUACAAUUGCAGAAAGAAAAGAGGGUGAUCAUAGAUACGAAAUCGUUAAAAGGAGAGUUUUGCAUGGAAAAUCAGUGCCCCAUUAUGCAGCAAUAGAGCCAAGUGGGGAUGGUCUAAUGAUUGUUUCCCACAAACCGUUCACAUUUAUGCAAAGUGAAAGUGACAAAUUAGAAGAAAAUGAUGAUGCAAAGGUAUCAAAUGAAAAAAAAGACCCUCUCUACUACUGGCAGCAGACUGAAGAUGAUCUGACAAUAACAGUUCCCCUGCCUCAAGACAUCACGAAAGAUGACAUAAAAAUACGUUUUUCCCCUGAAAAUAUAUGUGUUACACUGAAAGACCAAGCUCCUUUGAUGGAAGGAAAUCUCUAUUCAUCUGUGGACCAUGAAAGCUGCACAUGGAUAAUUAGAGAGGACAAAAGUUUGGAAAUCUCUCUGAUUAAGAAAAAUGAGGGGUGCCGGUGGCCAGAGCUAAUCAUUGGUGACACAAGAGGGGAAUUCAUUAUGGACCCUUCCCAAUGUGCUGAAAUAGCUGAAAGCCUGAUGCAUCUUACCUCUGAAGUAAUGAAUCCAAACCCUGAAAAGGAAAAGCCACCUUGUAAUGCUCAAGAGUUAGAAGAAUGUGAUGCUUUUCUUGAAGACGGCGCAAGUUUGUGCAGGUUUGAUGGUGAUACCUUGAAAGUCACUCAUAUAAUUAAUCUUGGAAGCAACCAGUAUCUUUUCUCAGUAGUUGUGAAUCCCAAAGAAAUGCCAUGCUUCUGCCUGAGGCAUGACGUUGAUGCUCUUCUCUGGCAGCCUCACUCUGACCAACCAGAGAAUAUGUGGGAACACAUUGCAACUUUUAAUGCUUUAGGUUAUGUCCAAGCAUCAAAGCAAGACAAGAAGUUCAUGGCUUGUGCCCCAGAUUACUCCUACGCUGCCCUUUGCGAGUGUUUGCGGCGAGUUUUCAUCUAUCGCCAGCCGACUCCUCUGGCCACGGUUCUGUACAACAGGAAGGAAGGAAGACAAGUGGGACAGGUUGCUAAGCAGCUGGUAGCAACCCUGGAAGCCAAUGAUCCUAUCUUAGGCUUUCAAGCUACCAGUGAGAGAUUAUUUGUUCUCACAACAAAAACCUUGUUUUUAAUAAAGGUGAACUCUGGAAAUUAAUUAUUCAGUGUGCUCUGCUGCAGUUUUUGUUACGAAUUCGUAAUAGAGAAUAGGUAGACAAUCUGACAAGUUCACUACAAUUUGCUGAAAAUCAAAAAGUUUUACAGGAGAAUCAAGUUUCUUCAUUAGAAUUUUUCUGUAAGAAAGUGAAAGUUUUUUGACUUUGCUGCCAUGGAAGUAAGCUUUUUCAGAGCUAUAGGAAAAUGUCUUCUGCAUUAACAUCUUUGUCAGAGUAAUUGUCAGAUGCUGCUGUUGCAUAGGUGAAGAGAUUUAUACAUUGCUUUUUCCAAGUGACUUUAUUUGCUAUACUUCUGGUUUGUAGAAUUCACUACUGUUUUUAAAUGCCACUGUUUACCUAUGAAAAAAGCAGUCAGAUAAAGAGUUACAAGCAUAUGAUGUGCAAAGUAGAAUGUAUCAUAAAGAAAAAAAAUCUCCAUUUCAAAUACUGUUCACCAAAAAUCUGAUUUGAUAUUUUGAUAUUCCGUAGUUCUUAGUGAAAUGUGAGUGAAAUGAAUGUUUCUUAUACAGGUAAUUAAAUGGAGAAAUUUUCCUGUAUGUGCACAUUUUAAAUUAUUGGUUUAAGACUUACUUAUACUUGCAGUAAAAUCUGUUCACAUUCUAGAAUAUGUUUUAGUAGCUUUUUCUAGAAGCAAAGCAAGGGUCAAAGUGCUGUUAGUUAAGGUCUUGUCAUACUCUCAGUUGUGCCAUUUUCAUUUGACUUUAUACUUCGUUUCAAGUGACUCAUUUACAAUGAGAAAAUGUAACAGACAGAAAAAGCACCGGUAUUGUAACCUGGGAUGGGGGACUCAGAGGUGCUGCUUCUGCCACUGUAAAUGCUGCAUUGUCACUUAACUGUUCUGUCUGUGAUGCCUAAGUCAAAACGUGGUAUAUUUGCAAUGUAAGAGUACUCAGGCCAAACUGGUAUGGUUAAUUGAGUUGAAUAGUUGUGUCUGAAGAUUUCUGUUUCUUAUUUUAAAUUGGCAUUGUCAGUACAUUUAAACCAAAGAGUCAGUUGUGACAGCUCCAUGCUGGGUUGGGCUUUUUUGUAGUUGGCUUGCAAAUCCAUAGCAAAGAAUGCCUGAUGUGUUAUGUACUGACAGGAAAGCUGCUGUCAUCCAUGGUACCAAAGUACUGAGACACAAACACAGGCGGCCUUUUAGUUUGCAUCUCCCUACCAGUUUUAAUUCAGAACUCUGUAAGAAUCUAUUGAGAAAAGAAUAAGUGUUUCUUUAGUUAUGAUUGUUUGGACUCUCCUGUAAAUUCUCUAGAUCUGUAUCAGUGACCUGAUUAAAUAACAAGAGGGAGGCAGGCAGUUGUGGCUUGCAAAAACCCUCCAAAUGCAGAAGCUUUUCAAGGAACCUGAUUUUCCUUCUCCUCAUAGCAGGAUUGUUUGUAUAUCCAAUAUUGAAAAGCUUUUCUUUACUUUUACUUAACUAAGUUAAAACAUAUUGGAUUUGAAAACCUGUUUUCAUUCUGUUCUUUUAAAAUUGUCUUGAAAAGGCUUUUUGGAAAGGCUCAAUGAACGUAUUACCAUUGCAUGAUUGUUUUGCAUCUAAAUUUUAUUUGUUGGCCAAUAAUGUCAAACAAGAUGGUAGAAUUCCUGCAGAUGUCUUGUAGAAAAAAUUACGUAGCUUGUUACUUUGCAGCAUAAAUUAAGUUAUUUUAAAUGUAUAUGAAUAUUACUUUAGUAACUUGAGGUUUAAUCUUUGGGCACACAGAGUUAAGAAUGUGAUAUUUGGGAAAUGGAGGAAUGAAAGAGUAACGGAAUCAUACUCAACAUGCCUUCAUCACUUCUGGUCUACUGCAAGCAGCUUCAAUAUAGAUGAGACUUUCAUCUGUUCUCUGUCAAAUUCUUGCUGUGAGUUACAUGUUUGGAAACAUGCUCUGGUCUGCUCUUGCAACAGAGGAAACAGAGUCAAGGAAAAUGGUUAUCUCUUCACGGGUAUUAAAAUAUGCAGUGACUAGAACUCACAUUCCAAAUGCGUGUCUCUUUCAAGGGAGUUCUUGUUUGCAUCUGGAAAUAACAACACAGGGAAAAGUUUCAUCCCUUUUCCAUGUUACUCAUCUGUUUGUAAUCAUGGCUCCCAAGAAUGAUGUAUAAAGUAAUCUCUCUUCAAUUUUGCUUCUAUGAGAGUCAAGGAUAUCUCAUUAUUUAAUUUAUUUUUUACCUUGAGGAACCUGGACUGCUGUUGCACAGCAAGCUACUAUGCACCUGAGGCAGGGCAAUCCCAAGCACAAAAGCAGGCUGGGCAGAGAAUGGAUUGAGAGCAGCCCUGGAGAAAAGGACUUGGGGGUGCUGGUGGAUGAGAGGAUGGACAUGGCCCAGCAAUGUGCACUUGCAGCCCAGAAACCCAAACAUGUCCUGGGCUGCUUCAUGUGAAGCCUGGCCUGUGGGUCCAGAGAGGGGAUUCUGCCCGUCUGCUCUGCUCUGGUGAGACCCCAUCUGGAGAAAUGCAUCCAGCUCUGAGGAUCCCAGUGUAACAGAGACAUGGCCUGUUGGAGCAAGCCCAGAGGAGGGACACGAAGAUCAUCAGAGGGCUGCGGCACCUUGGCUGUGACAACAGGCUGAGAGAGGUGGGGUUGUUCAGCCUGGGAAAGAGAAAUCUCUGGGAGACCUUAGAGCAGCCUCCUGGUACAUAAAGGGGCCUGGAAGAGUGUUGGAGAGAGGUUUUGGACAAGGGCCUGCAGUGGUAGGACAAGGGAUAAUUGCUUUAAACUGAAAGAGAGUAUGUUUGAGUUAGAUACUGGAGGAAAUUCUUUACUGUGUGAGUGGUGAGGCACUGAACAAAGUUGCCCAGAGAAGUUGUGGAUGCCCUAUUCCUCAAAGUUCAGCACCAGGCUGGAUUGGGCUUUAAACAACCUGGCCAAGUGCAAGGUGUCCCUGCCCAUUGCAGUGGGGUUGAAACUAAAUGAUCUUUAAGGUCCCUUUCCAACCAUUCUGUAAUAAUUAAAUGGCUGCGAGCCACCAGGAGACACUCCCUAUCAACAUUUCCAUUUCUGUAUUCAAUUACUUGUGAGGCUUAUUUGUUCAGCAUUUCCUAAAUAGGCUUAUACAAGGUAUAAAAUGUGGGUAUUUAGAAGAGAUGGUUUUCUGACAACCAUGUUUCAAUUUUUCUGGGAUUUUGUUUCUUGAAAUCUUACUUUUUCAGACAGUUCUUCCUGAGAGGCCCCAAUCACAAUCUAUUUACAGAAUUUCUGAGAAAAUAUUUUACAGAUUUACUUGGCUGUUACUGCAUUAUUUAAUUUUAGUAUUCUUUCUCAGUGCUUUCGUUGACUGCAUGUUUGGAAUGCAUAGUGUAUUCUUCUACAAGUUUAAAGAAAUAGAAGAAAUGUUAACAUUUAAAAAUUAUUUUAAAGGAUUUAUAUCAAUUUCAAAUGUGUAGCCUGCCUAUGCUACUGAAAUAAAAUAAAAAAAUAGGAAUAAGAAAUUCCUUAAAAUAAAACUUGUGUUGAGGAAUUUUCUGCUAGGGCAAAGUUCUAGCAGAUGUCUGCACUACAACGCCAGGGCUGUUGCCAAGACAUGCACUAUUGCAUGCAUUGCAAGGACAUUGCAUGUCCUUGUUUUUCUCUCUGAAGUCCCCUGUACAGCCUUGCUAAUGUUCCAUUUCUCCCAACACACAAAUUUACAGAGGCAGUUACUGGAGGGGGUUAAGUAUUCAGGUGUAUUCUUGUGUUAAAGUGCACACUGUGCCUCUGAUCCUGUGUCUUCUUUAUGUACAAAACCCAGUGAGCUGGACAAGCCCUUCUAGAUGCAAGAGAGAGAUCUGUCCUUCCUUCCUCUCCUCCUACCUCAACCUUUUUGCAGGAAAGUGAAGGGAAAGAGGAAGGAUUUGGUCUGUAUGUCUGUCCUUUGUUAAUGCAACAACAGAUCUUGUGAGAGUAACAAAUAAAGUUAAAACUUAUAUUUUAUUUCAGGUUUUUCUGCUUUGUUUCAAUAAAGAGCCACUAGAACUUUUU